ACCUUCCCAAGGAUAGCAAGGAGCCAAGAUCCCGAAGAGACAACAGGCGACCUGAUAUUCAGUUUUACCAGCCUGGUGUUUCCAGGCUGAGAAACAACAGACAAAAGUCAUCACAGCUAGAAACCUCCGGAAAGGAAGAGACCAAUGGCAAAGAUCCUGGUGCGAAUAAGGAAGUUCAGUGCCAGUCUGUGCCAAGGAGGAGCUGCUCCUUGGCUGCUGAGGGUCACAGCAAUGGUGCAAGUAACCAGGGAGGUGCCAACAGGAAUGGGCAGCUAAAUAGACACGAGGAGGAUGAUUCAAAGUGGGCUGAGCAGCAAAUUGAGACAAGUACAAACUCUGAUGCUGUUGGGAAGCAAUUGAAGAAGGUCAAGAAACCGGAUCGUCAGAUUUACCAGCCAGGCCGACGUGUGCAGGUGCUGGGCAAGCAGUCAACCAACAGGCCGUGCAGUGAAGAGCUGGUGAAGAAAGUAGAAGAGUUGAGGCUGGAGGACGACAGUAGCAAUGUCUGUGUUGAGGAAAACACUGAGAUUGGUGAAGGUAAAGACAGUUGGGGAAACAAAGAGAAGACUCAGUCAACUAUUGACGUGAACAUUAGCAAAAGAGAAAAGGGGAGAAGAGGGGGAAGGAAGGAAGCUGCAGCUCAGGGGAGUAACUUGGCAGCAGAAGCUGAAGACAGUCGAGUUGUUCGAUCUCAGGCCAGACCAGAGAAACCUGGAGGUCCCUCAAAGCGCUACUCCAGGUCUGACAAGCGUAGGGGGCGUAACCGGACGUGC